AUGAAGUGGUCUCUCGCACUACCAGCCUUCCUGGCAACUAGCCAUGCUGCUGCUAUACCUUCAUUGCGUGGACAAUUGCAAGAAGUCCUCAAGACUCCCUCCAAGCCCAUCGGCGUCGGUCACUUUAGCGAAUGGAGCCGCGCAACGAAGAAGGCUUUCCUGAUGGACUGGCAGGCUGGAAAGUCUUCAGAAUGGACGGUCGUUAUGGGAAACGAAGGAGGAGACAUGGACAGCAUGACAGCCGCAAUCGCCUGGGCAUAUCAUCUUAGCCACUCCACCGAGAACGAUACGCACCCAGUCAAGGCCAUUGCACUACUUCAGACCCCUUCCCAUGCUUUGGACCUUCGACCUGAGAACAAGCUCGCGCUUGACAAUUCGCAGAUGACAGUGGGACACGAAGACCUUCUGACCUCUGACGAAGUCCCCGAAGAUCCAGAGACGCUUGCUUCGAAGCUCAAGGGCAUUAUCCUCGUUGACCACGGCGAACCCCGCCGCAAAUGGCGCGACGCAAAGAUUCUCAGCAUUUUCGACCACCACAAGGACCAUGGCACUGCGCCAGAAGCCUCGCCACGCAUCUUCGAGAAGGUCGCGUCUUGCACAACCAUCGUUGCCCGCGAAUUCCUCAACGAGCUCGAGAAGCUGCCCCAAGAGUACCAUCUCAACCACGAGUUCCUCGAGCUAGUUCUCUCCGCCAUCGCCAUCGACUCAGGCGGCCUGACCAGCGACAAGACCACCGAUGAAGACAUCUCAGCCGCCAAACGCGUCCUAGCGCGCAGCAACUGGAAAGAUGAAAAACUCUUCAAAGUCAUGGAAGAACUCGACGACGAACUCUCAUCCGCACAGAAGGACAUCUCCCACCUCAACCUCCGCGACCUGCUGCGCCGCGACUGGAAAGGCGACCUAAUCGACACGCCCUCGCCGCGCACACCCACCGUCUCGCUUGGCUUUGCAAGCAUUCCGUACUCCAUGGACGAGCAGAUCAAGAAAACCGAUUUCGCAGAGCUGUUCGACUGGUUCGCCGUACACGCUGCCUGGACCGCCGAGGCCGGCGUUGAUAUCAGUAUCUGCUUGAACAAAUACAAGAUCAAAGACAAGAAGACGGGCAAGAAGGAGAAGAUCCGGGAAGUCGUGCUUACUGUGCGCGAUGAUGUGAGGGUUGAUCAGGAGCAGGCGGAUGCGCUGUUCAAGGUUGUGAAAAAUGCGUUGGAGAAUAAUAAGGAGGGGAUUGAGUUGGAGCCGUGGCAUCGCGCGGAUGAGUUGAGUGCUAGGCAGAUGGUUUGGACGCAUAAGAGUGGGGCGGGGAGGAAGGUGUUUAGGCCGAUUGUCGAGGAGGCGGUGUAUGGGUGGGAUAGGGUGGGUAUGGAGCUCUAG